GCUACCUCCUACAUCUCUAGCACCUGCCUACAUGCAGCCAUGCUUCCUGACAUGAUAAUGGACUACACCUCUGAACUGCAGAGUCUUUGGGAAGCAGCCUUGACCAGCUGAGGUGACACAUCAGGAGCAUUGAUGGAGUUCGGGAUGCACUCGUGACUGCUGUCCCUAAAGGAGAAUCCCAAUUAUUCUUUGUUACUCUGAGGCUUAGGGCUGCAGGCUGAGGAAAAGGACCCCAGGGUCUCUAGUUCCAGCAGAGAGAGUACUUCUCAUAGCAUCAGCCUGGCCCUGGGAGGCUUGUUAGUGACUACAGAGCUUCUGGGACAGGACCCCCAGGGACCCCAGAAUAUGACAGUGUGGGUCCUCAGCCCCUCCCUUCUUAGGCAGAAAGGGACAUUCACGGGGGUGUAAGAACCUAUCAUAGCUAUGGCUCCAGAGAAGCAGCAGGACAAUGGGACCUGGUUGGUGACAGAGUUUGUGCUGGUGGGAUUCUCCAACCUCCCAGAACUGAGGCCCACACUCUUCAUCUUGUUCCUCCUCACCUACCUGGUCACACUCAGUGGCAACGCCACCAUCAUCACCAUCAUCCAGGUGGAUCGCACUCUCCACACACCUAUGUACCGUUUCUUGGCCACACUCUCCCUCUCUGAGACCUGCUACACACUGGUCACCAUCCCCAAUAUGCUGGCUCAUCUGCUGAUGGAGAGCCAGGCCAUCUCCAUCGCUGGCUGUCGGGCCCAGAUGUUCUUCUUCCUAGGCUUGGGUUGCAGCCACUGUUUCCUCCUUACCCUGAUGGGCUAUGACAGGUAUGUGGCUAUCUGCCAUCCCUUGCGCUACUCUGUGAUCAUGAGACCCACGGUUUGCCUGUGUUUGGGAGCCUUGGUUUUCUGCUCUGGUUUCUCAGUGGCCUUGAUUGAGACCUGCAUGAUCUUCUCCUCACCCUUUUGUGGCACUGGCCGUGUGGAGCACUUCUUCUGUGACAUCGCGCCUGUGUUGAAGCUCAGCUGCGCUGAGAGCUCACUCAAGGCGCUUGGCAUCUUCUUCCUAAGCAUCUUGGUGGUGCUAGUCUCCUUCCUCCUCAUCCUCCUCUCCUACGCCUUCAUCGUGGCGGCCAUCGUGAGGAUCCCUUCGGCCGCUGGCCAGCGCAAAGCCUUCUCCACCUGCGCGGCUCACCUCACGGUGGUCAUCGUGCACUUUGGCUGCGCUUCCAUCAUCUACCUGAGGCCAGACUCUGGGGCUAACCCCUCCCAGGACCGCCUGGUGGCAGUGUUCUACACAGUGGUGACACCGCUGCUGAACCCUGUGGUUUACACCCUGAGGAACAAGGAGGUGAGGGUAGCCCUGAGGAAAAACCUGGCGCGGGGCUGUGGAGUAUUUAAGUAAGAACUUGUAUGUGUCUAUUUGCUUCUUUAAUAAUUACCGUUAGCAUAAAAAACAAGACCUUCAUCCUGAAACUCUAGUUCCCUACUGGGAAAACGGAAAGUACUCCUAUGCCAGAUGAAGUAACGUCUGUUAUUUGCCAGUGCCUGAGACAAAAGCCACAAUAAAGGGUAGCUUAUCUUUAUCAUGGGUUCUUGGACUUGAUGUGUGCAAUGUGAUCGGUAAUGCUCAAUGCUUGCCAGUGGAGGGCGCCACUGAUACAACUCAUGGAUGGAAAGGGCAGUUUUUUCUUCUUUAACAUUUUUUAUUUUUAUUAUUUUGUUUUUUAAUUUUUUUCAUGUAAUAGAUUUUUAUCAUAUUCUUUAUUCUCCAAGACCCUCUUCACCUUCCUACCCACUCAACUUCAUGUUAAUGAUUCCCCCAACAGAGAACAGUACUUAGAGAAAAACUGUGGGUUUUAAAAUUCUUUUUGAGAACUUCAUAUAUGAGAACUACAUUUACAUCACUUCCAUUUUCCACCCCACUCCAGUGUCCACAUAGAAUUUUAACCAGGAGAUGGAGUGAAGACCACAGGCCAGAGGUGUAGCUCAGUGGGAAUGCCUGCCCAGUAUGUGCAAGGCCCUGGGUGUUUUUCUUUUUUCUUUUUAAAUCCCCCUGGCUGUUCAAGACUGCCUUUUGGUCAGAAUCACACAUGCAAGUGCAGUUUUUUUAAAAAAGUACUUU